AUGGAUCCGAUCACCGGCGACAUCAAAAACAACCCGCUGAACGAUAAUUCUGAAGGUGGUGGCAAUGGCACCACCACCAUGGCUCUGCAGAAAAAAGCGUUCCAGGAGGGGUUUGAUGGACAAUUGGAGGAACCAAGGGAUUCUGAAGGAGGUAAUGAUGAUGACAACGAUGAAGAGAUGGUUAUGCGUAGUUCAUUUUUGCAUCCCAUGGAAUCGCCUUCUCCCGGUAGCACCAUUGGUUCCGCCACCUCUAAUGAUGAAGAUAAUUUCUUUGGGCCUGUAUCAGCCAGUUUCAUAAGGCCUGGCCAAUUGUCUGACUUUGCAGCCUCAGAUGAUAAUCAUGAUGUUACAAUGGAUUCAACUGCAUUUUCCAUGCAUUUUCAUAGUCUUGCUAGAUCCGAGUCUGGAGUAGAAUUAAAUACCCCAACAGGUGUUCAUCUCUCCUUCGAAGAGAAAACGGAAACAAAUGAGAAUGUAGGAAGUUUCAUGAAAUUGACUUUAGUUAAGAAGCCGAUUUCCGAAUCGUCCAUUGUGGCCACAAAUGCUAGUGGAAGUCAUGAUUCAAAUGAUAUGAGUCUUGUUGGCGAAAACCCCAGUAAAAAAAAAUUGCUUGCUGUUGGUGCCUCUGAUGAUACUAAUGCUUCACAGUCACCUGGAAGGAUGAAAAGUAGGCUUUCUGUAUCAUAUGAUGGGAAUAGCGUUGUGGAUUUAAGUGAAUUUGCAAAGCAAGAAAUAGGCACGAUCAUUUCUCAUGAUUUGCAGAGUAAAGAAGUUUCUGAUGUACAUGGCAAAAUUUCAAGAGGCAAAUGGUUGUACUGGAACCUCUCUAUUUGUCAUCCCCCUCAAGGUUUUUCAUUUAAUCCUAGCAAUGCUGCAGCUUUUGACAUCUCCAAGGAUAACCAGAAUAGGUCACUCAAUCAGUUGAGUAAAGACAAUUUUGUGGAGGAGUCUGUUAAAGACACUCACAAAAUGUGGAGGCCUAAUGCAUCUUUGGUAAUAACUGGCAAUGGGCUAUCAGAACCAAAUAACAAAUGUAGCCAUUUUAAUCAGCAUUCACACAAUGAAUCUGGAUCUCCAAUGGUAGGAUCUAUAUCCUUAACUGCUAAACGGAGACAAACAUCACUAAGUAAUUCUUCUCCAUCUAAAUAUUUGAGAUUGGGAACUCCUUUCCAAGAACGACAUUCCUUUCUGAGUAGUGAAAACAUAAAACGUCUUGAGAGUGAUUUAUCAAUUCAGAAAAGCAUUUCUAAACUUGAAUUAUUUGAGAAAUCAAGCUUUUCUUCUUCCUUCAGUACUGAAAUUGACAAAUCAUAUGUCAAGUCACUGGAUUUUUCAAAAUCUUCUCCUUUUGAUACUUUUAAGGGGAAAGAACACGAAGAUUUUAAAAUUAAACAUGUCAAGGACUCUGUUAGUGGAGAGAAGCUCUCAAGUUCAAAAGAACAAAAUAGAACGUUCAGUGUCGUUGGUAACAGGUUUGAGAACCCAAAUCAUAAUUUCAGGGAAAAUUAUUUGGAAGAAUCUUUGGCCCAUACAAAGAGUGAAAAAUAUGCAAAUGAUAUACAUGCUACAAUUCUUCACGCAGACCACAAUGCAGAUUCACCAUCUCAGUUCACCGGAACUGAAUCCUCAUUGGCCCAGACCACUUCAGAUGAAGAAGCGAAAGAAAUUGUCUCUCCUCAUGGGUAUGUUACUUCUCUUGGUAAAAGAUUGGAAAAUAAGUUUCUAACUUCUCCGGCGAAUCAAGGUGGCCAAUCUAAGGACUUAGAGCAGCAAAAUCAGUUUGCCCAACUUCCAGAUUUUGACCCAGUCUGA